AUGGAAGUAUUUCGUGCGGAAACAGGAAAACGUCUUAGAGUCUCUAAGAGGUUUGAGAGCUUGGGUGCUUUUAAAGCAGAAAUCGAACAACUGUCCGGUGUCUCAAUAUCUUCACAGAUCUUAAUAACAAGUGCUGGAAUUCAACUUAGAGAUGAUAUAGACAUCAAAGUAACAUUCUUUUAUGUCGUUCUCGCGUUUUUUCCACUUAGUGAGCUGUUAGAUUCUAAACUUGCUAUCAAUAUAGAAUCUCUUAAUGAAAAAUUGAAUUUAGAACCUUCUAUAAUUGCAUCGAUCACCACACUUGCAACUGAAAAAGCUCAAUAUUCUUCCACAUUAAAUAAUUUGAAUAUUUCUGAUGAAUGCGGCACUUAUGCUAAUUUGUUCCAAAAGAAUCAUUCUCAAGGACAGAUGUUCAUAUCCAAAUCCUUUUUAUCUUCGAAGUCAUUCAUUAAAGCAGCCGCCAUUCAUACUGAAAUUUGUGAACGUCUACAUCAAGAACAAAGAGUACAACUAAUGGCUUUGGAUGUUGCCCUGUCGAAUCUUGAUUCUCAUUGCCGCUCGAUUGUCGAAGUUCACGAGGUAUUUAACGCAUUUUCCGAAAAGGAGAUUAACAAGCAAGAUAUGUUGAUUAAAAGUUUGCCAAUAGAUAUAGAAAUUAUUCGUAAUAUUUCCGUUCAUCCAGAACUGUUAAAAUCCGCUGGCAUUGGCGUGGAUGGUCAGAGAUCAUAUUCAUUGGCUGAUUUUAUAUCUCUUGAUGAGUUUACAACUCUAGCUGAAAAAGGACGAGACACAUAUGGUCAAUUUUCUCGGAAUGUGAAAGAAUUGGAAGAUACGGUUCAACGCGUAAAAUCAGGUACAGAAAUGUUAAGAAAAAGGAAAUAUAACAACAAUUUUUCUACAAUGGAGAGCACUUUGGUCCAAAUUCGAGAAGGAUAUGCAAGACUAAGAAAACAUGCCGAGACAAUAGAGCGAGAUCUCUCACGCGUUCAAAGUAAAAUUUCCGAAAUUCUAAAAUCAAAUGCUAGAUCCUUAUCCUCACAAUCAAUAAGCACUUUCGAAGCUCUUGCUGAAUAUCAUGCGAAGGAAUAUUUGCCUGAUAUGCAACGAUUAGAUGAAUGGUUACGUGAACAAGUAGUAUUUUUUGUAAAAUGCAAGAAUGCUAUGACGUCAACGAUGAUUUCUAGUCUUCAACAAAUAUCUUACUUUGAAUCAACUAUUGCUGGUAUCCCGGGCACUUUGAGUUCUCUUGAGUCUGAGAUUAAAUUAAAGUCUCAAGAAUUUAAAAAGUUAUCUAAUAUACGUCAAAUACCUCUUGCCUAUGCCAUGACCCUAAUCGAAAUUUUGAGACGAAGCGAAUAUACUAAAUUAUUUCUCUCUAAAGCCCAACAAUUGGCAGAGGCUAUGGCCAAUUUCCGAAAUUUAGAGCAAAAAAGACGUGAUAAUUAUCGCUUGGAUGUUAAAAGUUAUGUUCCCUUGAACAUUUCAGCUUUGGAUGAUAGUCCUCCAAUGUGUGAGGUUUCUACUUUGAAUCUCAGAGAUGAUCGGCUACCAUCCUUUUCAAAAGCCGAUGUUAAAGCCUUUUUUGACCUGAUUGAAAAGAUUCGACCUGUGAUUUUGUCUCAAGCAUCACUAUUUAAAUCACAAAUUGCUGCUUCUUCUUUAUUUAAAACUCAAGAUCAGCAAACAAUCCAGCAAACUGUUAUAGAUAUUUUAUCGUCUUUGCAAUCAAAAUCGGCCAGAUCAUAUGGCCAAAUUGAAAGGAUGGAUAUAGAAUUCGAUAAAAUCGUAGAAAAGAGUUUCCAUUUGGAACGACUUGAUAUUGAUAAAAAUAAUCAAACGUUGUCCCGUCCAGUUUCGAUUUUCGAAGGCAUGUGUCGGUCACUUGCACCACCGUCACCGCAAAUGGGUCGGCGGGCAUCUCGUACAUCACGACAAAGCUUUUCUGAAGAUAGUGGCUCGACAGUUGACAGUACUACUGAUCGUUUACUACUUGAAACGCUUAAAGAAUUGGAUCGAUCAAAAGAAACGAUCAAGAAAUAUGAAGCUAGAAUUAAAAAACUCGAAGAUUUGUUACACACUAAUUAUCAAUCGUCUAAAAGUUCUACGAUGCUUACCGACACACAUAAAUCAGAUUCAAAGUUUUCCAUUUCAGCUAUUGAGCAAGAGUUAUCUGACUUACGCUCACGUUAUAAUGAACUCGAAUCUAUAUACAAUUCUGAACUAAAUAAUAAGGCUGAAUUAGAAAUGUUUCAUUUACAAUUGAAAAAGUCACAUAAUGAAAAAAGUAAUCAAUUGGAAGAACUUCAGAAUCACGUUAAUGAAUUAAACAAAGCAUUGCUUGAUGAAAGAUCUGAAAAAAAGACACUUUGUGACAAAUAUGAUAGUAAGUUUCAGGAAUUGGAAGCACUUUUGCAUGAAUCUAACAGGAAAAAUGCAGACUUAAAGAAGGAACUGGAAGCAUUGAAAGCCGAUAAUGAACUUGUCAAAAAAGAAAAAGACGCAGUAGAAGCAGACUUAGAGAAAAAAUUAGAAGUAUUGAAAGCCGAUAAUGAACUUGUCAAAAAAGAAAAAGAUGCAGUAGAAGCAGAAACCAUAACGUUGGAUUCUAAAGUUAAUAAUAUUUUAGCUGAAAAUAAUAAAUUAAAAAGUCAGUUAGAAGACGGUCAAAAGCAGAAUGAAGAAAGAGAGAGAUUGCACAAACAAGAACUUGAUCAACUUCAGAAACAAUCUGAUGAAAGAUCAGAAAAUGAUAAACAAAAUAUGCUCCAAGAAAUUGAAGGCUUGAAACAAGAAAUUGAAGAUUGGAAACUAAAUUUAGAAAAGAUGAAUUCUGCUCGAGAAGAUUUGGAGCAAGAUCUCGCCAGGUCACGAGAAAAGGUUAAGUCUGUAGAACAAGAUUAUAACGAACGCACUAAGGCUCUCGCCGCGGCGGAAAAAUUAAUUAAAGACAUCUCCGAAACAAUUAAUGAAUAUAUGUAUAUUGUUACAUCUAAUGAAGUUUCAUCUAAUUCGGAACAGAUGGAAUCAGGGGAUAAUCUCGAUCCUAUAAUCAUGAUACGAAAGGUGGGAGACGUUGCAAAAUAUCUAGAUCAAAAAUUGCGUGAAACAAGUCAGUCAGUAGAUACAUCAUCAACUUUGAACACAAACUUGGAACAUUCACUUAGUGAAUUGCGUCGAGUGUUGGAAGAACGAACAGAAUUUUCUAAAGGAUUGAGUAAAUCUUUAUGGGAAUAUUACAAUAACCUUCGAGAAUUAACGAAAACUAUGAAAUUAAGUAUACCAACGCUGGCUGAUAAUUAUGCAAUGAGUGCAAUAUCCAUGCCACAAGAUGUUGACGACAAGAAAACAGGAUUGUCUGACAGUUGUUAUACGGAAGACUUGAGCGAGUUUUUCCUUAACAAUAGUUCUGAUGAACAAAGUGUUUGGCCAAAAGAUAAAUACGAAACUUUACUUUCAUUGACGAUGAAAGUAAAAUUAGACGAAGUACAAAAACUAAUAGUGCGAACGCUUAAAGAAGCUGAAAUUUUGGCCAAACAAUCUCGCAGAGACAGUAAAUUAUAUAGGGAAAAAUACCAGAAAGUUAGCCAAGAAUCAAGAGAUAAGAUUGCAUUUCAAAAUUUCAAAACCGAGGAUGUUGCACUUUUCUUACCUACUAGGUCAUCACCUUUAAAAACAUAUGCAGCCUUUAAUUAUAAUUGUCCAUAUUACUUUUUACGCGUUACGGACGCAAGCAAAAACAAAGAUUAUAUUAUUGGCAGAAUUAUAAAAAUUUCAGAUCAUAUCGCGCUACCAGAAUAUAAUCCUUAUGAACUGCCAGUUGGCGUCAAAUAUUAUAUUAUAGAUGCCGAUGAAAAUUGGCAGAGCGCAUUUAAUAGCUCACAUAGUAGACGUUAUACCAUAAAUACGUCAGAUACUGCAACUCGCAUUCAUAAAAAUCGUCAGAGCCUCCCUUCGCGUUCGCUAUCAUCAUCGGGCAUUAUUUCUAACGAC